CAUCAGUGCGGGAGGCCUUCCAUUGUCCCGUGCUAGGAUUAUGCAAAUAAAUCGGCCACCAGCCCAAGAUCCUGGCCGACUCCUCGCCCUCCACCCCCAGAGCAUCCCAUUUUUAAGAGGCUCGUUGCUGCUGUGCGCACGCACGCGCGAGCUCCACUGCUUCUCGAUCCUUCAGGCUGCAGACUGUACCAAGUAAAGCCAGGCAGCGACGGGCAGAGCGCAGGAGCCCCUCCGUGAGUUCCGUUAACCACCCGCCUCGGGUAGCCCCCUUUCCCGCAGAACGACAGGAACUGUCCGUCUGGCCGCGCAAGCGCCCUCGGCUCCUCACGCCCCUUGCUCUCCCUCCUAGCCUACUCGCAACGCAGGCGCAGAGCCCGGGCGUGCAGCCGCCACCGCCGAGCCAGAGCUGGAACCAGAGCUGGGGCCGCCAGCGCCGUCCAGCAUCCUUCUCUACCUGCCAACAUCCUGUGUUAGAAGAACUUACUGCUGCGGCUGUGACUGGAGAGCUGGCCAGGGAGAGGUGCUGCUCAGCUGUUGCUCUACUCCUGGCUCCUGUCCCCUUCCCUGGCCAUGACAGAGACUCGUGAGCCAGCUGAGACUGGGGGCUACGCCAGCUUGGAAGAAGACGAUGAAGACCUUUCCCCAGGCCCUGAGCAUUCCUCUGACUCCGAAUACACGCUCUCAGAGCCAGAUUCUGAAGAGGAGGAAGAUGAGGAGGAGGAAGAAGAGGAAACCACUGAUGAUCCCGAAUAUGACCCGGGCUACAAGGUGAAGCAGCGCCUUGGUGGGGGUCGGGGAGGCCCGUCCCGCCGGGCCCCCCGUGCAGCCCAGCCCCCGGGCCCCGCGGCUCAGCCCUGUCCACUCUGUGGCCGGUCCCCGCUUGGGGAGGCCCCACCAGGCACCCCACCUUGCCGGCUUUGCUGUCCUGCUGCAGCCCCCCAGGAAGCACCAGCCCCUGAAGGCAGAGCCCUGGGGGAGGAAGAGGAAGAGCCCCCUCGGGCUGGGGAGGGCCGAGCAGCUGGGCAAGGGGAAGAGGAGGAGGAGGAGGAGGAAGAGGGCACCUAUCACUGUACCGAGUGCGAGGAUUCCUUCGACAACCUUGGAGAGCUGCAUGGCCACUUCAUGCUGCAUGCCCGGGGUGAGGUGUAGGCAAAGCCCCCAGCCAGGGAGCAAGGUGAAUAGGGGGGCGGGAGGAGGGCACUGAGGAAGCUGGAGUGGUCACGAUGGUCGUGGGGGUGGGGUACCACAGUUCUGUGUUGUUUUAGGAGUAGCUGUGUGAAGGCCAGAAUAAAAGCCACGU